AUGGUCGCUUUCUCCAGUACGCUCUAUCGAGCUAAAACAGGUCUAUUUCAAGCCAAACGCUUUCAGAUCCACGUCAAUACGGCUGGCGACUACGGUAAAACAGUCGCUGUGUUCGAGUUCGACUUGGCUGAGCUCGUUCCACUUUUGAACGAUUCGAGUAAAGAAAGCGUGCGUUUGAAUGUGACGAAGUGUUCAGAUGACCCUCGGGCGUGUAUCUCGCUCACAUUAGUUAGCUCACGUGUUCACUAUGACAGUGUGAGUCACGACAAAGAAAAAUCAUGUGCGGAAGACAGCGCCAGCGAAUUAGGCUCGGAGAUGUCGGCCUAUACAAGUUACAGCUGUGCAUCGUCGCUGGCAUCGACUUGCCGUCGCAAUGUUGAGUCUCCCGCACCAAGCCAACUUAGCGGAUUCGGAGACGCCAAAGCGAGUGCCAUUCGCAUUGCUGGACAUACAGCGACAUCGGACGGAGUACUGAUAGCUACUGACAACGAGCAUGACGAACUCGUGAAGGCUGUGCAAAUUUUAGAAACUCAACUUCGCGAGAGUGAGGCUGAGAAUGUGAAGCUUGAUGCCACGAUCGAACAGAAAGAUCGAGAAAUUGAACGGCUAACAAAGAUUGUAGCAGGAAAUGGUGUGUCGAACUCUGACGUUGACCGCAAUGUGAUGCAGGUGGAUUUUUUGAUUUACAUGGAGUUGAGAGAACAGUAUGAUGCUUUAAAACUUGAGCAUGAUGCGUGCACUAAGGAGACAGCUCGGCCUACAGGAAUAUUUAAAAUUGCUGGUGCUGAAAGCGAUGAAGAGCUGAUUAAAGAAGAGAUCAACACGAUGACGGAGGACUUCAUCGAUGACGCUUUCAAACGCUAUUCAGCCAACGGGUACGAUGAUACCCAGGAAACCCAUCCUUCAAGGGGACAGCUCAGCGACGUUCAGCUUCUUAAUAUGACAAUAAAUGAGUUGAAUCUGUCAAAAAGCAAGUUGGAGGACCAGCUUCGUACCUACCAAACAGCAAUCGAACAAAAAGACGAGGAAUUACACAGGUACUCCAUUGCAUUACAACGGAUCAAAUCUGCGCGCAACGACGUUGAUGGAGUGGAUUCUUUCAUCGAAGCUCAAGUUCAUUGUACUUUGGAGACUGCUUUGAGCGACAAUAAACGUCUUGAGAAGCAGAUUCUGGAUUUCGAUGGUGCCAUGACUACGAUGGAGGAAGAAAAAGCGCGUCUGAGUGCUCAGUUGCGUCGGGCGGAGAGAGCAACUGCCGCCGCUCGAGAUGAAUUUCUUACAGCUCAAAAAGCUCUAGGUUGUCUUGAAAGUAAAAGUCAAUCUCUGUCUGAGGAGCUGCAACUGGCUGAUCAAGCACGCGAAGUGGCCGAAGAGAACGUGAUUGUGGCUGAAGCAACGAUUGGUACACUAAAGCAGCAGCUUCGUAACGUGUCAGAUCAGUUGCAUACUACACAAUACGAGCUAGAAUCGAUUCGUGAAUUCCAAUCGGUGUCGACAGCGGCACUAGAAGAGGCCGCAGCAAAGCACCAGAGGCUGGAUUUGAUUUGGAAUGGCGUAAAAAUUGAGAAUGAGCGACUGCAAGCCCGCGUCGAGGAGCUUGAAUUUCAGUUGUCUCAGUCCGAAGUCGAUGGUGAUGAAAAGACGAAAGAAUUGCAGAUGCAGGUGCAUGAGAUUAAUCGAGAAGCUGAAGCAUUGCGCAAGGAGCUUGACUUGCUUCGUGCAUCCACAACGCAAAUUGAGAUUGAUUCGCACGACCGCGAGAAACACUUUCAAGAGAAAACUACAGCGCAUCUCCGCAUAAUUUUGGAACAAAGUCAGCGUCUUGGCUCUGAAUCUAUGGCAUGCGAGGAGCUUUCUACGCGUUUCCAGGAGCAAAUUGAGCAGACUCAAAAGAUCUCAGAGAAAUUAGGCACCAGAGUGGCUACUUUGCAGGAAGAGCUCGAUUAUUUUCAGGAAGAGCUCAUUGAAAGCAAGAUGAAGGUGGCACAGCUCACGCAAGAUAAUGACGAGCUGGCUAUCCGUAAUCGCCAACUUGAGAAGGAUCGAGCCCUUAAUACUAAGAAAUAG